CUUUUCACUUUGACCUUGGAGUUAAUUUUAGCUACUUUAUUAUGCCUGGUAUCUCUUGUUGAAGGAAAAGGAUUUAGAAUUCCAGAUAGAGGAGUAACCGUAAAAAAAGUAUCCACCCAUGAGAACCAUGCUAAAAAAAAUAUUAAAUCAAAGAAAUUGCAAGAGAACAGUGCAAUUCCAGAAGCUAAUGAUUCCGCCCCAACUAUGACGCACCUCACCUCAGAGCCUAAACCAGAGAAUAUUAUUAUCACUGGAACACUCUCUGAAUUGAAACCGGAUAGCGAAACAUCCUUUUCAAGUGAACCAAUUACACGAGAUAUUAAAGUAACAGAGAAAGUCCUUAAAGACGACAUUACUACUACUAUUGAAGAAAAAAAGAAUUUAUUUAGAACAAAUGAGUCAGAUAUAGUGCCUAUUGAAGUAAGUAAAUAUGAUUCAACUGCUCAUGAAAUGCACUUUUCACCUGAAACGAAUGAUUUUAUUGCCGUUGUCAAAGUUGACCGCACUAAACAGCAUGAAUUUAAAUUUGUGGUUGAUGGAGACUGGCGACAUAAUGAAAAUUUACCAAUUCGUUAUGAUCAAC